AUGUUGCUAGCUACAAGAUUCCGUUUGGCUUUUAAGUUACCAGAAGCAUUCCGAUCGUUUACAACUUUGGCGUCGAACCCCAACAUCAAAGUCUUCCCCCUCCCCAACAAAACAGGCCACCUCCUAACCCUCCUCCCCACAUCACCCCCCUCACCAACCCUCUCAAUCGGCACCACCACCACCCUCCCUCCAACCCCGCAAUCCUUCACCACAAACCCGCACUUCCUUUCGAUCCUAAACUCCGUCCUCUCGGAACACGCCUACUCCGACCCCGGUCUGCAAUCCCAAGCCCAAGCCUUCGCUUCCCCAGCCGGUUUUUCGUUUCUUCCCGGAUCAGCGGGUGCCAAAGCAGGCGGUGCCGGAAGAAGGACAGGCAAAAAGGGCAACGACACUGGCGCCGGCGGUGCCUCAGCGGAGGGAGGAGCCGGAGGGGCAGGGAGAGGAGGAUGGGUGCAUCUGAGCGAUGAGCGGACGCCGGUGGAUUUUGGAAGGAUUGCCUGGCCGGAGGAUAUCUUUGGGAGUGUGGAGGUUGAUGGCCGGGGAAAGGUUCUGGAGGGCACGUUUCAGGGGAGUGGGACUUAUAGGGUUGUUACUAAUCAGGGGAUCUUGGGACUUGGCCCGUUUUUGAUGGAGAAGUUGGUUGCGAGAUUGAGGGAGGAGGAGGCGAAGGAGAAGCAAAAGGCUUGA